GGGUCAUUCCUCCGUGUUUCGUUGCCUGCGAACCGGGGUAGUAGCUAUGGGUAGUAGUCCCGUAUGAACACUAGGCUUCAGGCAGGCAAAAGUCCGCCAAGAUGAGGCUCCGUUUGGCCGGAGCCGUGCUGCUGUCGGCGGCCGCUUACUACGUCUACCUGCCGUUACCGAGCGGCGUGAGCGAGCCGUGGAAGCUGAUGCUGCUGGACGCGCUGUUCCGGAGCUUCAUGCAGGCGAGUGACGUGGCUCACACGCUGGGUGUGUGCCACAGGGUGCACCUGUUGAACCGGAUAGUGUCCUGGGUGGAGGAGAUCGAGGCCCGCUCCUGCACCGCUGUGCACGUGGCCGACUCCACGCUGGGCGGCGUGCCCACCCGAGUCUUCCAGCCAAAGGGGGGGAAGCAGCUGAAGAGGGGAGUCAUAUAUUUCCACGGUGGAGGAUGGGUGCUUGGCAGCGGGCGGAUGCGAUCGUAUGACCUUCUUUGUCGGAAAAUGGCGGAGGAGCUGGACUCUGUCAUCAUGUCUGUGGAUUACCGUCUCGCUCCAGAAGCGGUGUUCCCAGAUCAGUACCACGAUGCGUUAGCGGCAUCGCGGGCCUUCCUGUCGGCUCAGGUUUUAGAGCGCUACAGCAUCGAUCCGGAGAGGGUGUGUGUGUCUGGGGACAGCGCUGGGGGAAACCUGGCUGCCGCUGUGGCGCAGGAGCUCAGCUCAGAUGACAGUCUGACAGCGAAGUUUAAGGUCCAGGCGUUGAUCUAUCCGGUGCUGCAGGCGCUCGACUUCUACACCCCGUCCUACCAGCAGAACCGGGCCGUGCCCAUCCUCUACAGGCCCGUCAUGGCUCGUUUCUGGCUGCAGUACCUGGGUGCCGACAUGUCCCUGGAGCCCCUCCUGCUCGCCAACAACCACAGCUCCCUGGACCAGCCGGCCAUCAGCGGCAGCACCCGCUCCAAGCUGGACUGGACUGCUUUGCUCCCGGCCGAACGCAAGAAGCACUUUCGUCCGGUUGUGAAAGAGACGGGAUCGCCGGGGGUGAUGGGUAAGGUACCGCAGCUGAUGGACGUGAGGGCGGCACCGCUGCUGGCGGAACAGGGGGUUCUGGGUAGGACGCCUAAAGCCUACGUGAUGACUUGUGAGUUUGACGUGCUGAGGGAUGACGGGUUGAUGUACGUCAGACGCCUGCAGAGCGCCGGCGUGGCGGUGACCAGUGAUCACUACGAGGACGGUUUUCAUGGCUGCAUGGUGUUCGCGUACCUGCCGAUGAUGUCUAGUGUCGGACAGAGGAGCAUGAACAACUACAUCCACUGGCUGGACCAGAAUCUGUAGACAAACUCACCGCUCCAGAUCCUCGUCAGCCGGUUGUUCGUGGCACCAAAGAUGUACCGGAGCAGAAAGUCUGGUACGUGAGAGCUCCUUGUUAGAUCUGCGAUGAGGAAACACCUCUUUCAUUAUUACAAAUAGGAUCCAUGUUAGACACCAGACAGGACAAAAUAUCAGCUGCUUUAUCUGCAAACAGAACCAAGAAAUCAAAUUUAAAAGCUCAUGAUAUACUUGCUCUUUAUUACCCUCAUAGUGUUUUAAAACUUUCUUGUGGCAGCAAUAGAGGCAGUGAUGUUUCCUUUUUACUGUACGGGACUCUCACACCGCCUCAAAACGGACUAACAAGUCUGAUCGCUGGUUACAUGAUUGGCCACUGCAGGGUGAUGUUGGGUUGCGUUUCCCCAAAAGUUGAAUUUGCCGCACGCUGCUGCAGUUUUUUUCCGGCUCCUCUCUACAGCCUUCACCGCCGCAGCCUAAAUACACUACCCCAAUCCAAAAGCAAGGCCCUUAACCCC